AUGUUUGGCCCAGUGAUUCGCCGGGCAUCGGCCGUCAAGAAGCGCGUCCCGCUCUUGAACAGGCUGCAUAUAAAUUUCAUUUUCGUGCAUUACACCUACAUUAUCAGUUGGGUCCUGCUCAGCUCGGUCGUUGUCUACGUCGGGGGAGGCAUCGCAUACAUUGAUGCCCUGUUCAUGUCGGCGGGCGCAGCGACCCAGAGCGGGUUGAACACGCGCAAUCUGAACGAGUUGUGGACUUACCAACAAGUCUUCUUAUAUUGGGUCUCAAUGUUCACAACCCCGAUUUUUAUCCACGGAACCCUGACGCUGGUCCGACUAUAUUGGUUCGAGCGCAGAUUCCAGAACGUCGUCCGGGAUGCACGUGCGCUGCGCGCCACUCGCUCGCGUAUGAGCACGGUGAGUAAGGACAGGACCGGCGAUGACACCAGUCGGGCGGAACGCGGAGUUGGCGGACGGUCGAUUGUCGUACUACGGAAUAACGCCGGUGAUGCACGGGGGAACCGACUCCCAAACCCCGUCGCCAAUGCCGCGGAUGAUUCGUCUGCUGAGCCCGAUUCGGCCAGCGGGAAGGGCUCUAAUGAACAGUCCGGUUCGGAUGAGACCGAUAGUACCGCCCCAGCGAGCCAAUUUGGCCUGGGAAGCUUGCGGGUCCCGACCCAGCUGAACCCCGAAACCCAUAUCGCGUUCGUGGAGAGCCAGCGGAACAGCAAAGGUGCCCUGCGCAUUCCCAGUCCUCGAGAAUACGACCGUGGCGGUGUGCCCGAGGCGCUUGAGGAGGUGGAUGAAGAUAACAAUGAUCAUGACCCGGAGCCCAAAAGCCCCAGCCCUAGUCGCCAACCGAGUUCCGCACCUUCGGAGGACGAUGAAGUCGGUCCUCUGGAAGGACCGCACAUCACUAUAAACGAACCCGACUUCCAUCGAACCCGCACUCGAUCAGCUACCAUUCCCCGUCUCGACACACGACCAACCAUGCGCGAUACGUUCACAAAGGAUUUGAACGGCGACGAAGCUGAACACGACAACGGAUUGGGUCCCUCUAACACGAGGCAGACAUUUCGGGGAAUAUGGAGGUCUUUCACCCAGGAAAGAGAACGUCCGACCCAGCCGUAUCUCAGUUGGAAUGCCACUGUGGCUAGAAAUUCGAAUUUUGUGGAUCUCACGGAGGAGCAGCGGGAUGAGCUUGGCGGCAUUGAGUAUCGCGCUCUCAAGACUCUGGCUGUGGUCAUCGCAGCCUACUACGUCGGUAUUCAUCUCAUUAGCGCCAUGGCGAUGAUUGGAUGGAUUAUGACGGUGCCUCGGUGGGGCAAGAUCGUCGAAGCAGAUGGAGUUGGUCGACCCUGGUGGGCCAUCUUCACCGCUGGGUCUGCAUUCAACGAUGUUGGCUUCACACUUACGCCGGAUUCAAUGGAAUCCUUUGCAACAGCUGUCUUCCCAUUACUGUUCUUUGCGAUCACUAUCAUCAUUGGAAAUACGGGCUUUCCAUGCGCCCUUCGUUUCGCAAUUUGGUUGUUGUCGAAACUCGUCCGGCAAGGGACUGGUCUCUGGGAAGAGCUGAAGUUCCUCCUGGAUCAUCCGCGUCGUUGCUUUACCCUUCUCUUCCCUCGCAAUGCCACUUGGUGGCUCUUCGCGAUCCUGGUCUUGUUGAAUGGCAUCGAUGUGAUCUUCUUCAUUAUUCUGGACUUGAAUGACUCGGCUGUUACCAAAUACUCCCCUGGAAUCCGGGUUCUCGAUGGCUUUUUCCAAGCUUCGUCUACUCGCACCGCGGGCUUCGGUGUCGUCAGUCUAUCAGACCUUCACCCUGCGAUCCAGGUCUCCUAUCUGAUCAUGAUGUAUAUCUCCGUGUUCCCCAUCGCCAUUUCCAUGCGUCGUACGAACGUUUACGAAGAAAAGAGUCUGGGAAUCUACGCCUAUGACGACGAAGACGACGACGAUAACCAGACAGCCCCCACUUACAUCGGCACUCACUUGCGCCGCCAGCUGAGUUUCGAUUUGUGGUACGUGUUCCUGGGACUCUUCAUCAUUGCCAUCGCAGAAGGGAGCCGCAUCCAAGACUCCACCGACUAUAACUUUCAAAUCUUCACCGUCCUGUUCGAGGUCGUUUCGGCCUACGGUACUGUCGGUCUCUCCUUCGGCUAUCCGAACAGCAAUACCUCUUUUUCCGGCCAAUUUAACGUCAUUUCCAAGCUGGUCAUCAUCGCCAUGCAAAUCCGUGGCCGCCACCGUGGUCUGCCCGUCGCUCUGGACCGUGCCGUCCUUUUACCCAGUGACGCCCUCCAUCGCCACGAAGCAGAGACCAUCGAGCGUCGGAUGCGCCGGCGCCCCUCGAACCUGAGUGGCGGCGCCUCGAUGGGCUGGGCUGCAUCUCGGACUCUCUCCCAGGCCCACGGCGAUGCGGGCCGUUCGUCUGCGUUUGAGAGUCGUGAUUUCCAGCACCAGCCCCUCAACGGCGAUUCGAUGGUGAACCGUACCGGUACCGCUCGCUCCCAGCGAUCCGGGACGGUCUUUUCGAAUGCGUCGGGGCGUUAA